ACUUGAUCAGCCGCAUAUUUAGUCCUUGCUUUGGCAAAGUGUGUACUCAAUACAUAGAAAGAUCCUUCCUCUUCUUCUCAGGUGUGUUCAUGUGUUCCAGUCAAAAUAAAAAAAAAUUGGACUAUUGAACUUUACAUCCAUCCGUCAUUUCAUUAUUUCAAAAAGAGUUGUUUGUGCAACCCCUAAUUGUCGAAAAUGCCAGAAAUCGUUAUCUAAACUUUUCCAAAGAAUCUCAACGAAAGAAGACGAUGGCAUUCGAAGACAGAUCAAGUCCUAAUACGGCAUGCAGCCCCAAUUCAAAUACUAGCAGUACUUCCUGCAACUUGGAUUCACCAAACUCACCAGAAUCGUCCAGGACGGUUCAGUACACGUGUACCACCAUAUCAUCAGCAAUUUUAAAAGAAGAAAUAAUAUCACCACCCACCGGCACCGUAAUUAAUUAUGACAAGCCCACUUUCUUUAGAAUAGCUUCCUUUGCUCUGUCGAGUGUCAAGCAAGAUGAAGAUUCAAAUAUUGUACAAACGUCCCUACCGUCACCAUCAUCAUCCACCAGAAACGCUUCGAGUCACCAUCAGGUGAAAUCGGAAACCUUCCAAAAGUCACCCUCCACCACACCAUCCCAAAAAGAACUAGUUGUUAGUGAGGACAGUUUAAGUGACAUUAGAAAUGAUAACUCCGACUGUGAUGACGAUCAACUACCUUCGGUUCGAACUUUAAAAUAUUCAAUCAGCAACAUACUUCGUCCUGAUUUCGGAAAGAGUGCCGUACUAAGAAAGAAACCCGUUGCGUACAAGCCCUACGAAGAUAGUAAGACUGUAUCGACUGUAGCAGCUGAUAAAACCAUCACCACGACCAAUAACGCUCCCUUAGGAAGCCUGCGUCAAACUGUAUCACAAAUAGAGAAGAAUUUUAGCGAUGCAGAUCAAACGACAGCUAAACCAAAGAAUUCGGUCGUGAAAAGCGCGUUUUCCGCCACUGCAACGACCGAAGAGACCGCCAAAGGUGAUGAUGGAAAGGUGCCCACAUUGUGGCCCGCGUGGGUUUAUUGCACGAGAUACUCAGAUCGGCCAAGUUCAGGUCCACGUUCCAGACGUGUGAAGAAGGACAAAGCAACCGAAGAAAAACGUCCCCGUACCGCAUUUUCCGGCUCGCAGUUGGCCCGUCUCAAACACGAGUUCGCAGAAAAUCGUUAUUUAACCGAAAGACGUCGCCAACAGUUGAGCCAAGAGCUCGGUCUUAACGAGGCCCAGAUAAAGAUAUGGUUUCAAAACAAGAGAGCCAAAAUCAAGAAGGCCUCCGGCCAGAAAAACCCGCUCGCGUUACAACUCAUGGCUCAAGGGCUUUACAACCACUCCACAGUUCCGUGCGAUGAAGACGAACUGAGCAUCAAGAGCUGAAACCGCAACAAGAAUGAAAACCAUCAUCAAUGUACUACUGAUUGUGACAAUUCGUAGAUACAGUAGAUGCUUUUACUGUAUAAAAAAUACACGGUGUGUAGAAAAUUAAAUAUGUAAUAACAAAAACUUUGCGAAACCAAAAUCCGUUAGAAUAGGAAGUUUUAAGUCUUCUGAAGAUUACAAACAAUUAGCUGGGAAAAAAUUAUUUAAAUAUCUGCAUUUUACGAUAGGUAAGUAUAAUCACAAAAAUUAAAUGCGAGUGAUGUUUACUUAUCAUUCUAGAGUAAAUGUACCUCUAAAUUUUCUUUAAAAAAUAUUUUUCAAAAUUAGUUUAUUAAAAAAAAAAUAAAAGAAACAACUCAUUGUACCUAUAUCGUUUACAAAUACAUAAAUAUCUGCACAUGUGUUAUCGUAUUUGCGAAAAUAUCAAUCCAUGUACUCGUUAUUGUCAUAAGUGUUGUAAAUAUGCAUUACCUUGUGUUCGUUGAUAUAGUGUUUUUAGCGAUAGACUGAUCUCUAAUUGUAAAUGGAUUUUCCUAUAGAUAUGUAUACCUAGGUGUUAUCUAAUUAUGUGCAAUGAUUAAUAUGACUUUAAUACAGAAA